CCAACUUCUCCUUUAACAAAAUAAACUCGCAAAAAAAAAGAGAUGCCACAGCUUCAUCCAGUUGCUACUAGUCAUCAGAAUUUCCACUAUUUUCCGCGUCUGCCCCCGGAGAUCCGCCUUUUGAUCUGGAAUCUGUGUCUACCGCGCCGCAUCAAUGACUACGACCCAAACAGCCUCAUCAGCUUGCCUCGCAGAUGUACCUUUCUCCCCGACGUUGAUCGCGACGAUGAGUGGGAUGAAUGGGAUGAGUUCAAUGGGUACGAUGAUAGGGCUGCCGGAAACAUCUGCGAAUGCGACGACGACCAUCAAAUGAAGAUCAACAGCAAGCCACCCGUCAUCGCAUCCGUUUGUCGCGAGUCGCGAAACUUGGUACUUCAGCACGGGCCCAUAGAGAAGCAGGGCGAUUACUGCGUCUGGCGAGUCCCAAAUACAGGCCGCUUCACUAUUUGGGAUAUUGACUUGCCGGCUGGUGACUAUGAUUCAGACUCCAUGCUCCCAUGGGACGUCGACUUUCAGAGCAUGCUGCAAGACUGGAGAGCCAUGUUCGCCUGGGCAGCCAAACACAACACUCGCCUGUGUAUAUACUGGGUCUUUAUGAAGCUGCGGGCCUUCGACUGUAUAUUUUAUGGUUCCCCACAGGCCGCAGUCAUGGCAGAGACUAUGGACCUGGCGAAGAAUAUGGUCAUUCCAGUCAUCUUUCGGACAAUCACAUUUCACAUCUCCCAAAAGGAAGCUGCCCGAUCUGAUCUCUUUGGCAGACUGGGCGAGGAGGCAUGCCAGCUGGUAGACGUGCGCGACCGGAAAGCCCUCAUAAGAUACUACUGCUUAUGGGAUACCAUCGUGCCGGACGAAUACGAGCACAAGAAGCACCAGUGCCGAGAAGUCCUCUUUACAUUUGUACUAGGCAGACGAGGGUACCGCAGCGCAGUAGCGAAGUUGAUGGCGCACUGGGAGCACUAUUUCUUAUUUGCUGCUUGGAUUUCCGUCAUGACCAAGAAUCCAGAUGAUACAGCGUUAUCUGGAGCGUUUCCACGUUACGCUGAAUAUUCUCUUAGCCGGUCUUUCCCGUCAUCUAGAGCCUGUCCUGCAGACGAUACUCAUCCGUGGAUUAUUGCGCGCAAGGCAUCAAUGCCCGUCUUCCAACCCAAGAUUUGCUUCCGCUUCUGCCCUAGUCUAAAGUGUCGAAUGCUGCUGGGUCGCAGUCGAUUCCAGUUCCAAAGGCUCUCCAAGGAAGAAACCCUGCAGCGGUCGCUGCGUGCAAAGCAACGCUGGCGGUUCCGUGGACGAGGACGCUGGCGUUGGCGGUCGUGGGCGAGAGGGAAAUGGAAGAAGUACAGAGGAAAAGCCCCAGGAUUACCUUAUCGAAAGCGUCUGUUGUAUUACUAAAGAUCCGCCCUUUGAUCUAGAACCUAUGUUUGCCACGCGAUGUCAACGACUAUAAUACUAAGCAACUAUACUAGCUUGUCUCGCCGAUGCACGUUUAGCUCUAGCGUUGAUAGCAACAAUGAGUUCGACGAUACACUUACAAGUAAUAUCUGCGAGUAUAAUGACGACUGUUACAUGAAAAUUAACAGCAAGCCGCUCGUGAUAGCAUCCGCCAGUCGCAAAUCCCGUAAGCUUGGUGCUGUAGCAAUGGCCCAUAGAGAAGCAGUCAAGUCUAUUCUUCAUACAGAGUGCAUCAGGGAACUGUUGCGAUGCUGCUUCGAGCAGGCGCCAAUGUAAAAAUGUACAGGGCGAUGAGUAUGGCAAUG